CCUUCGGGGACAGAGAUGUCGGGCAACUCGUCGGAGCUGGAAUGGGCCCUCCACGUGCUGGUGAAGAACUAUGACAAAUACGCCAGCGGGUGCUGCAAGAAACCCCGGCGCAUCAGCAAGAAGGAUUUCCGCAAGAUGCUGAGCCGGGAGCUCAACCACAUGCUGACGGACACCGGGAACAAGCGUGCAGCCGACAAGCUCAUCUGUGACCUGGACGAGAACAAGGACGGGCACAUCAGCUUCGAGGAGUACUGGACCCUGAUCGGCGGCAUCGCCAGCCCCAUCGCCUGCCUCAUCCGCCAGCAGGAGCAUGGCACCAAGUUCACCAAGUAG